GUUUGCAACGUUCCUUGAUUAUUACGCCAGAAUGAGAGUAUAGUUCCAUGUCAAAUCAGCCUAGAAAAUCGCCACGUUUCAUUUUCCGUUAGUUUUAUUGCACGUUCUAACUUGAGAAGAGACAACUUUUAAAUAGGAAAAAUUCCGGAAAUCUUAGUCACUUUGUGGGCGAGAUGCUAAUGGUCUAAUCCGAUCCAAUGAUCUAUGCUAGGCUGGAGCUAUACGUGGUAUCGCCAGACUCAGGGAACUGCUGGAUGAAUGGGAGAAAGACAGUCACAACAGGGAAUCAAACUGCUGACCCUUCAGUCAUGAGACGACUUGCUCCAACUUCUGGGCUAUAACCAUCCCCAAUAGUAUUGUUACCCUGUGAUGCCCACUCUAGGGUGUCAGGUGGGGCCCAGCAGAUUGGUCAGAGGGUGAGACCGAGGCAACGUUGGAGAAUAUGAAGAGGGAUCUGCUGAACAUUUACUCAGACAUGCCAUCUACUGUCUUUUUGGAGGAAGGAAUGAGUGGGGCAGAGAGAGCAGAACCAAUGAUGGAAAAGACAUACGUCAUCCUGCGGAAAUACCUUAACAAAGUGCCUGCUGCAGCGAUGUCUGAGAUCAAACAGGAAUGGCCAUUUCUCUUCUCUCAGAAAUGCCUAUUCUCACACUUUGGCCUCCUGACGGACGUCGAUGUCCUUCAGAAGCUACAGGAGGCAAUUAGUCGACGAGGACAGACCAUCCUGGAUUACUGUGCAACACUGGACAACCCCAAGAUCCGUGAUGUUCUGGCCUGCUAUGAUCCAGACUCUGACAAGGCUGCCUGCAUCCUGCUGCUCCUAAUGUUGUACUUCAAAGAGCCGAAGGAGAGUUUGAUGCUUGAAGUUGAUCCAUGUGCCACUGCUGUGGACGUCAAUACUGCAGAACUCCCCAGCACCCCCUGCUUGAUCAUUCAAGGUGACAUGAUGAAGCCCUCUGGAUGGCUUAUAUCCAUCGAGGGACAUGUCGUGAUGGGCCCACACCCUUUCUUUUUACACAGAGUAGCUGCUUUCUUCAGCAGCUAUUACGUCUUCAACCUUGAGUAUCCUGCCGCUGGAUCGUCGACGCUGGAGUUCAUUCAAAGCUUAUUAACAGGUGCUUCCUGGGCAUCAAUCCUGAAAGAGGCUCAAAGACCAAGAAGCGGACAACAAUGAACCCUCAUGUGAGCACCCUUUUGAGGAAACUUAUUGACUUUGAGUGGGCAUCAUAUUUUUUUUUUGCAGCGGUAGUUGUCAGGCUCAGUUUUGAGUAGCCUUGUUCUUUUUGUAAUUUUUCAAGAAAACUUUGCACUACAAGAUUUUUACACAAUGCUGUUACGUGUGGACUCAUUAUAAUGUUUGAGACUGAGAGGAGCGCCUGACCCCUUUAUGACAUUCCUUCAUCGCUCUCUCCCUUGCUCUCUUAUCUUGCCAUGAAGGCCUCAUUCCCAUCCUGUCCAUUACUGUUAUUGUGACACUAGUUGAAUAGUUGAAUUGUGAGACAGGUAGUUGAAUUGCAAGUUUGCACAAUUUCUCUGCAUUUUCUGCAUUUUAAGAUGGCUUUUAUGACUAGAAAGUUGAAUUUCUUGAACUCUUGAAGUUCUUGGCAUCUGCUGUACAUUGAAAAAUAUGUAUUUGUUAAUAAAUAUGCCAUUGG